GGAUUAUUUCUCUUCUGGAAACCCCUUAAGGAGCAGUAUUGCGAUGUCGCUUUUACCAAGGACCCUGGGGUACACCUAGCUUCUUCGCCAAAGGAACUGCCAACGUCUGGAUUUGCACAUCUUGUUGCCUUCUCGACUACAGCACUUCGAUCUGGAAUUCCCUGGUUUUUAUCUAGCCGGAUUUCCUUUCUACAUAUGCUUUUUCAGUUUACUGUUUAGGCCAAUGCGUUUUUACAACUUGGAUCAUCCAUCUCGGGAUUGCAUUUUCUCUCUGUCGUUUUCUCUGGGUCCUGUUUUGGAUUCUUAGUUUGCACACGACACUUCAGUCUGGAACAAAGUUGUGCCAUGCUGAAAGUAUUUCAUUUGUACUUGGUUUUGGGGCACAUCUUCGUGAUUUUCACCACCGGCUAGUGGAAAACAGAACACUAACCUCAACCUCAGUGACUACAGCUCUUUUUCCCAAGGAAAUAUGCUUGCCAAUUCCAGCGGAUCUUUUCUUUAUUCUCAGACGGGACAUGCAGACCUCCAUGGUUCAGUAUGGGACACAACAGCUGAAGGAACACAGAACUUCAAUGGAGAAGAGGAUUUCCAUUUUUCAUAUGGACAAGUUACUCCCAGACAGGACCCGAAUGAAGCCGUGGAAGAUAUGACCAGCAAAUGGAUUGCCGCGGAGCAGGCCCAAGCUCCUACCACAGAGCCCAUGCGGAGGAUUAGCUCGCGAGGCUCCUCUGGAAGCCACAAGAACAGAACAAUUAAGCCCUCUGCUCACAAGAGCCGGCCGAGACUACCUCAAGUCUCGCACAUGCCGAAUUUUGACAUGACAGGUAAUCCACAGAUGGAUGCAUAUCUCCUCCAGGAUUCAGAUACCCAUUCAGUAUCUUCUCAGAUGUUCUACCCAACGCUUCCCAUCAGUGUAAGCCUGUCCGCGGAUGGACUUCCCUACUCUCCUGCUGUUCUCUCGUCAGGAAUGGCGCAACAGCACAUCGACCCAACCCAGAUGCAGCUGAACUUCGAGGCUAACCUUACGGGGAACUCGCCUGCUGCUACUACGUGGAGCUCACUCAGCCCCGUUGAGUCUCGGAUUUCUACCCCCGGUCCCGGUGAGGAUGCGUGGUCUGUACCUAUGGAUUCUUCGCCCACGCGAACUAAUGACUCUUCGCCUAUUAUGGAUGGCAUUUCGCCAAGCCUCGAUCGCCAGAUGGGCUUGAUGACCACAGAGGACCCCAAUGGAGUUGUUUUGCCAGACGAUAUGUUUGCAUUGCCUCCUGCUUUCUCGCGCCGCUCCAGCGGCGACGGUGAGUCUUCUGCUCGGGACCACCCCUUGUACAAGAACGCCUACCCGCAAACCGACGGGCUAUUUCACUGCCCUUUUGAGGGUCAGUCCAGUUGCAACCACAAGCCCGAGAAGCUCAAGUGCAACUACGACAAAUUUGUCGACUCGCACUUGAAGCCAUACCGAUGCAAGAUCGAAUCUUGCGAGAAUGCUCGAUUUUCCUCUACCGCAUGUCUCCUCCGACAUGAACGCGAAGCUCAUGCUAUGCAUGGCCAUGGUGACAAGCCCUACCUCUGCACAUACGAUGGAUGUGACCGUGCUGUUCCUGGAAAUGGAUUUCCGCGCCAGUGGAACCUAAAGGACCAUAUGAGACGCGUCCACAAUGAUAAUGGAAAUUCUCUCAAUGCCGUCAGUGGAUCUCCCCCGUCCGGACACGGCUCUUCCGCACAUUCGGCCAAGGGCCGGAAGCGAAAGAGCAAGGAUUCCGUAGACAGCACCAGCAGCCGCAAGCAUGCUUCCAGAUAUGCCCAGGCAGCAGAGGCAGCUAUGAGAGCCGCUGAGCAACCCAUGGUGGAUGAAUGGUACCAGCACCACAAGGCUCUACAGACAUACCUCCAGGAAUUUAGCGUCCCGGAUGCUUUUGACUACCUGCAAAACAUCUCUGAGGCCAGGGAUCACUUGGCAGCCAUGGGAAAGAUCUCCCAGAAGUUGCUUUCUUCCAACAAAGGGUCUAGCACCCAGGACUCGUACAGGCGAUCUCACGGACACCACUCUCGCUAAGUGAAGAAUCCACUAGUGAGACUUGCGGACCAUGGAUGUUUUUACAAGCCAAGGAAUUUGCAAGUGCAGACUUCUAAUUUUACUUUUACUUCCGCUGGUCAGGAGACCGCGACGGAGCCUAGCCAGGCUCCACGAGGAAUAUGUGGAAAACCACGCUCCAAGCCAAAUCCGGCAUUAGGACCCCAGGGAUUCCGGCGCUGCCUCUCAUUGAUUGUAGAGUUCCCGGAUUGAGAACUGGAACCAAGGACA